UUGUUAUUCACGAAUUACAAAGCGACUUGACGGCAACGUAUGUCACCCGUAGCUAAUUGUCUCAAAACAGCGCUAUCUCUGAUGCGUACACUCCUACGUGAAACCCGCCCCCAAAGUGAAACCGAGUAGCUUACUCGUCACUCCUCCGCAGAUGCCAAAGAAAGCAGCAACUGCACCAGAAUAACAUGAAGGACGGCCUGAUUGAGGACGGGGACGACGGGGAAGAGGUUAACCUCGACGAUGAGCCGCCUAGCCAAGUUCCGCUUUUGAGUCAGGGAAAGCUGGAGUUCCAAGAUGAAGAGGAGCCUCGUCCAGAACCACCAAGUGCUACGUCUACAAAGACACCCUUUUCCCCCGAUGUAGCUACGGUGAAAGAAAAAGAGAAAGGUGGAGGACAGCAAGCAGAGGACGAGUUCUUCGAGAUCACUGUGCGAGAGCCUCAAAAGGUCGGGGAAGGCAUGGGGGCGUUUGUUUCCUACCGAGUCGUUACUCGGACCAAUGCCCCCUACUUCCGCAAGCAGAGCUUAUCUGUCAGCCGUCGUUUCAGCGACUUCCUUGGCCUGCAUGACAAGUUGGUUGAGAAGCACCUUCAUCUUGGACGCAUUGUCCCACCUGCUCCAGAGAAAAGCGUUCUUGGAAUGACCAAGAUUAAAAUGUCCAAGGAUGAGCUGGUGACAUCCGAAGACUUUGUUGAGCGUCGGAGAGCUGCGUUAGAGCGUUUCUUGCAGCGUACUGCCACGCACCCGUCGUUACGGGUAGACCCAGAUUUUCGAGAGUUUCUGGAGCUGGAGGCGGAGCUCCCGAGGGCAUCGAACACUGCCACCCUCAGCGGAGCAGGCGUGUUCAGGCUCAUCUCGCGUGUGGGCGACUCAGUGUCCAAAAUUACGUACAAGAUGGAUGAAUCUGAUCCGUGGUUUGAAGAGAAGCAACAGCAAAUUGAGAACUUGGACUUGCAGCUGAAGAGGCUGCAUGGCAGUUUGGAACACAUGGUGCUGCAACGUAAAGAGCUGUCAGCAAGCACGGGUGCAUUUGCGAAGAGCGCAGCAAUGCUGGGCAACUGCGAGGAGCACACAGGGCUGUCCCGAGCCCUCUCCAAGCUGGCAGAAGUGGAGGAACGUGUGGAGCAGCUGCAUGCGCGCCAAGCAAACCAGGACUUUUACACUCUGGCAGAGCUCCUCAAGGACUAUCUGGCAUUAGUAGGGACCAUCAAGGAGGUGUUCCACCAGAGGGUAAAGGUGUACCAGACCUGGCAACAUGCACAGCAGUCACUAACAAAGAAGCGAGAAUCUAAGGCUCGCCUAGAGCUUGCAGGAAACAGCGGCAAGGGUGACCGUCUUAACCAGGCGAGAGAGGAGGUCCUAGACUGGGAAUCUAAAGUGGAACGUGGCCAAGAGGAAUUUGAAAACGUUUCCCGCGUGGUGCGAGUCGAAGUGGAACGCUUUGAACGCACGCGCGUCGUAGACUUCAGGACGGCCGUCAUAAAGUACCUCGAAUCCUUGCUGGACACGCAGCAGCAGCUGAUCAAGUACUGGGAAUCCUUUCUGCCAGAAGCCAAGGCGGUCGCAUGAACAAGUUGACAGGGUUUUGUAACAGGAGUGCUCCAGCCACAUUCCAACAUGUGCCAGUGAUGUCACUAUGGCAGUGCUUAAACAGGCCAAGAUGUUUCUCUUUUUUUUUCUUUUCUCUAUAAUAGAGGGCGGUAGGGUGACCACACGAAAGGGGGGAACCAAAAUUCUGUUUUCUGUUUCCUGCUGUCAACAACAAAGUAUCAGCCUGGUGCUUAUAGCAGCUAAAGCGAGAGGUUACAGUGUUUUGACAAAAUUGCUUACACCAGAAAGGUUGGUGCUUAAAGCACCACACUUUCCUGUUUUUGACCUUUCCUGCUCUGGAGUGUGUGGAGAAUCGGUGGACCGUGGGUGUAUUGAGUAUGGUCGGUGCAUACGCGAUUAAAGAGACUUGUAUAUUCCUUUAUAGGGAUUGUUGUUUUUGAGAGUUUGUAAUUUAAUAUGUAUUAAACGUUUACAAAAAUAAAAGCUACCCAACCGUA